AUGUAUCUUUAUAAUGAAGUCAAUAAUAAUAAUAGGAAUAAUAAUAAUUUAAAUAACGAUUCACAAAAUAAGAAUCCGUAUAUUCAAUCUUUUAUUCCUUCAUAUUCAUUAGAUACAAAUAAAAAUAAAAAUAACAAUAAUAAUAGUAAUAAUGAUAAUAAUAAUUAUAAUAAUAAUAAUAAUAAUAUAAAUCAUGUAAACUAUAAUAAUAAUAUAAAUGUUAAUAAUAUAAAUAACAAUAAUAAUAACAACAGGAGUUCAGUUGAAUAUAAAAGUAACUCAAGUAAUGUAAAUAGUAAUAGUAAUAGUAAUAGUAAUAAUAAUAAUAAUUUUAAUAAUAAUAAUAAUGAUAAUAUACCUUAUUAUCAACCAUAUCAUCAUCAACAACAACUAUAUGAUCAAUAUAGGUCACCACCGCCUCCUUAUCCUUCACAUAAUUUACAACCAAUCUCACCACUACCACCACCACAACAACAACAACAACCACCAACCUAUCAAAAUAAUUAUAUUGUACCACAACCACAACCACAAACUCAACAACAAUCUUAUCAAGCACAAUCAUAUAGACAACAAAGAUCACAUUCAUUACCAACUUCACCACAAUUAAUUGUAAAUCAAACAAAUUAUAAUUAUAACCAAAGAAAUAUAAAUAAUACCAACAACAACCACAACACCAAUAACAUCAAUAAUAAUACCAAUAAUACCAAUAAUAACAACAACAACAACAACAACAACAACAACAACAAUAAUAAUAAUAAUAAUAGUAAUUUAAAUAAAAGUAAUAGUUCAUUUAAAAAAAUGUCAGAAGAUUUAUCAAAAGAUAUUGGAUACAUAUUAAAUGAUAUUUAUAAAGAGUAUAGAGAAUCUACAUCUUUAUCUUCAUCAUCAUCUUCAAACGCUCCAUUAUAUUCUUCUUCAUCAUCCUCUUCAUUAAAUUCAUCAUUAAAUUCAACAACAAUCAAUAAAACAAAUAAUCAAUUAAAUAAAAGUAGUAGUAGUAACAACAACAAUAAUAAUAAUAAUUUACAUUCAGAAGCAAUUAUAUCAGAAGGUUGUAUGUUUUAUAAUGUAUUGAUAAUGGGUGAACCAAAAGGUAAUGUUAAUGAUAAUAGAUGGUUAGUACAAAGGGGUCAAUUUCUAUUCAAUCAUUUAGCACAAGAUUUAGAAGAAGUUGAUGUAUUGGAUCUAAAGAGAUUAAUAUUAAAUAUUGAUAUUAGAUUAUUGGAUGAUAGUAAUUCGCUUAGAUAUGGAUUCAAAUUACGUACACCAAACAAUUCAAUCGCUCAUUUCCUUUGGACAACCGAUGCAAAACAGUGUAUAAUGUGGUUAGUUUCAAUUGGUAAUUACACUUUAAAUUUCAAUCAAGAGAAAGAAUCUGAAAUGAUUAAUCAAAUCUUGGAAAUCUCUCAACCUGAAUCAAAACCAAAGAAAAUCUUAAACUCAACAUCAUCACCAAGAUUGCAAUCCCUGUCAGCUAAUUUACAAUCAUUAUCGGAUACUCUAGAAUAUAGCAUUGCUGCAGGCGAUAAUGAAAUUGGUAAAAUUGAAGAAAUCGAUUUUGACAAUCUUUUAAAAAAAGGUUUAGAUAUUUUCAAAUCUGAUUCACAAAAGAAAACCCUUAAAUCGAUAUCAAAGAAUUUAGAUAAAAAAGAUCAAAUCAUUGAUAACAUUUCAAAUCUAUUAUUAAAUCAAGAAUUUGAAUUAGGUAAAUCAUUUUCAUCUUUAGUAUUUGCAAUUGAGGAUAGAAUUAUUGCAAAUGGUGUUACUAUUGGUGAUGAUAAUGAUAAUAAUAAUAAUAAUAAUAAUAAUAAUAAUAAUAAUAAUAAUAAUGCUGAUGGUGAACAACAAGAUAAUAAUUCAAGAAUUACAAAUGAAAAGAUUGCAACAGAUAUUAAUAAUAUAAUUUAUGAAUAUACUCAAACUAUUUUACAUAAAAUGCCAGAGUUAAGAACUACAGAACAAAGAAUUCAAUAUACUAGAUUAGCAGUUGAGAAAUCAGUUUACUCUUUUAUUUAUCAAAUUAUUUUAUCAUUAUACACUCAUAAAUAUUCAUUAGAUGAUGAAACUUUUUCAAGUAAAGUUGGUCAAUUAUUAACAAUUACAACUAUUCAUAUUGGUAUACCUCAACAAUUUUGGUUAUUAGAUAAUUCUGAUUCAUUAUCACCAAUUUUAUUAAAUACAAGUAAAGAUGAUAUUACAAAUUAUAAUAAUAAUAAUGUCGACGAGGAAAUAAAUAAUAAUAAUAAUAAUAAUAAUAAUAAUAAUAAUAAUAAUAAUAAUAAUAAUAAAAAUAUUGAUGAUAUUGAAGAAAGUAUACCACCAUAUCAAAAUAGUAUUGAUAUUUUAAAGAAAUUAUCAUCAUUUACAACACCAUCAGAGAAAUUAGAAUGUAUUGAACAUAGUAUUGAUGCAAUCUCUGAAUCUGUUAGAACUUAUUGGUUAAAUAAAGCAACAACAACAUCAUCAUCAUCAUCAUCAUCACAAUUAAAGAAAAAGAAUAAUAAAAAAAUUCCACAAAUUAGUGCAGAUGAAUUAUUACCAAUUUUUUCAUAUGUUAUAAUUAAAUCAAAUAUAACAAAUUCAUUAUCAGAGUGUAUGUUUAUUCAAGAUUAUGCAGAUUUUUCACAAUGUUCACAAAAACAACAAUAUUGUUUAACAACUUUUGAAGCAGCUUUAAGAAAUACUUUAGAUUGGACUAUUGAUGGUUUAUUAGAAGAUGCUUCUAAAAAAUUUGAUGAAUUUAAAAGAAAUGAUCAAAUACAACAACAACAAUUACAACAAGAAGAAAAACAAAAUCAACAACAACAACAAUUACAACAACAACAUUCACCAAAUAAAAAAAGAUCUUCAACAAUUUCAACAUCAACUUCUUUACCAAACUCUUUAGCUACUUCUCCAACAAAUGCAUUAUCACCUUCAAUGUUAUCAAAUGUUGGUGAAUUAUUAAAUACUCAUAAAGAAAAUAAUAAUAAUAAUAAUAAUAAUAAUAACAACAAUAGUAAUGGUAAUAGUAAUGGUAAUGGUAAUGGACAUAGUAGAUGUAAUAGUACAAAUAGUAAUGGUGGUGGUAUUGUUGGUAAUAUUAGUCAUAGUAGAAAUAAUAGUAAUACAAGUAACAUAUCAAAAACAUUUUCCUCAUCAUCAUUAUCAAUAUUGGAUAUUGAUUUAUCAAUACCAACUACAACCACCACAAGUAAUAAUAGUAAUGGAAAUAACACAUUACCUUUAAUUGAUCAUAUGGAUUUGGCUUUGUCACCAACAAUUUCAACAUCAAAAACUAAUAAUAUAAUUAAUAUAAUUGACUUUGAUGAUUUAAAUAAUUAA